AUGAAAGAAGUUUUUAACUGCUUUACUUCCAGAUCUGGUGAUGUAUAUCUAACCAAUGGCAAUGGUUCAGUUACGGCAAGCAGUACUGCAGCCUCUACCAGCUCCAGUUCAACAACAGAUACUAGCAGAGAUAUCAAAGGUGAAACAAUAUUUUCAACUUGUGUUCUGUGUGGACAACUUCCGGUCGAUGGGUAUCAGCAUGAAUGUGGAGCUGUAUGCUGCUUCCAGUGUUGGAAACAGAAAGUUUUUGAGGUGUCAGAAGAACGUAAAUGUCCGUACCCUCACUGUGGCACACGUGUCAAGAGAAAGCACCUAAAACCUCUCAGAGUGACCAAGGCAUUGUGA